CGAGUAUUAAAUUCUCACAUUUGCGUUUCGCACAAAACAACUUCCCCUUCACUUUUCAGUUGCAAUAAGCAUUUCUGGGAAGCGGGAAGUCUGUUCGAAAUUAUGGCGUCAUUUUCUAAAAUAUUUCUACUAUUGAGCGCAUUUGCAGUGCUGCAGUGCGUGCGUACACAACCGCUGGAGCAAUUCAAUGACACAGUGGCAAACAAUGUGCAAGUAACGCCGGUGGAAAGUACAACUGAGCGAGUGCAGCCGAAAGCCAAAAAUUAUUUGCCGUUGAAAAGAGAACACUGGGUCUUAAUGUGCGCGGCGAUUUCAUUAAUUUUCGUGCUCGCGUCAAUAUGUAAAUACAUGUUUUGGCCAAAUCUGCGCUUUUGUGGCUGCAAAGAGAUGGAUUUGCAACGCAAUAAUAGGGAAUUGCGACCACAAUAUUCUUGGGAUGAAAGUAAUAGAAAGUGAAUUUGUUUUUAGUUUGAUAGUUAUAUGUAGAUAGUAUUUAUGUUAAGGUAGUCAUAAAGAUAAUUUAUACGAAUUUCAGUUUAUAAAGAUAUCAACAUAGACUAGCUCUAAAAAAAAAUUAUUUUCAGCUGCCGCUGACAGAUAUACCCAAUAUGUAACCAUUUUAUAACCAAAACUCAAAUUUUGUUGCAAUAUGAGUAAUUUUUAUUAUAUCAUUUUUCCUUCACCUGUAAAA